AUGUCGUUGAUAUUGCUUCUCGCCUUUGCGGCCCUUACAUGCGCCGCAGGAAACGCAACCUCGAUUAUUGACUACCUGAACGACAAUGACAGCACCUCGACCUUCGCCUCAUACUUGGCCAAAUAUCCAAAUUUAUCAAAAACGCUCGCCAGCGACAACAUCACGGUUCUAGUACCCAAAAAUUCUGCAAUCAAUGGAGUCGCCAAUAUUUCCGAGGCGCUCUUGACCUACCAUGUCCUGGCCGGCGUCCAUCACUCAAUCAACGCUGAUGCGUUCCAGUAUAUCGAAGCAUCCCCCCAGCCCGCUGACACCGAUUCUUCUGAGAACAAAACCCGGAUAGUGGUUGCUCGCGGAAAUGCAUUUUCCUCCGCUGUCACUUUCUGGUCCGGCAACAGUCAAAAGAGUCGUUCAGAUGCGCCGGCAGUCAACUGCACCAACGGCGUGGUUUAUACCUUGUCAAGCGUGCUCGAACUACCCCAGAGCUUCGACGACAGCUACAACCACAGUGCGUUGACCGGCCCACCCUCGCCAUUUCUAGACGCUAAAAUUCAUGCACGCAACAGUUCGGCGCAAAUCAUCAACGAGGUAUCCAACGUGACUAUUUUUCUUCCUAUUUCAUACGCGUGGGAUAUGAUUGGAAGCGUCAUCAGCAAUUGGACAGAGGACGAAUUUCUCGAUAUUGUCUCCUAUCACGUCGCUCGGCGGGUUUUUUUGCUUAACGGACUACCGUCCAAAGCGAUCACUCUCCCGACGCAGGAGGGCACUGACUUGACUAUCACGUCGUAUGAAGGCGACGCGUAUGUGAACAACGCCAAGAUUGUCAGCGAGCCUGCUCUAGUAUUCGACGGCGGUCUCAUCUACUCGAUAUAUGGAGUUCUCAACCCGGCGAAUCGAACCGCUGAGCCAAGUUCAGAUCCCAUCGGUGUCGCCUACGCAGGCGCGUCGUUUUCGACGAACUUUACGUUCCCAGACAAUGGCUCAAAGAGUAGUGGCGGUGGCACAGGCCUCUCUCUCGGCGCAAAAAUAGCCAUCAUCCUCGGGUCGGUCAUAGCAGGGGUUUUCUGCCUCUUGGUAGGCGUCUGGUUCUGGCACCACUGGCGGGCAAAGCAUGGGGGAAGCGGAGUCAUCUCAGCGCGCAAGGCGACCGUUGUCGAUGGCAAUGCGUCGCAGAAACAUUUGGCGCGCUGUGACUCGAUGGAGCUGACAAGCUAUGGAGACUCUGUACACACUACGCGAUAG